AUGGACCCCACGCAGCCUUUUGGAACUUCCAGCCGCCCUGAGCGAGCCCCUGGCAACCAACCAGGUUCUUCGCAACCUGCCACUUCGGGCGACGCAAACCCGCCGCCAACCGCGGCUCCUGGGCCUUCGGGCCAACCCCCAUCUCCCCGGGGCGAUCCCGCACGAAGUUUCGUGCCCAAUCCACCCUCAGUGCCGCAGGCAGCUCCUGCGAAUUCGCCACGACGUAAUACGCUGGAACCCGAGGCUCCGCGCGCACCGUCGCGCACUGGGUCUGUACGCUCGGCCCCAGGGGGCAUUCCCAAACAUGCCGAGCCUCCCAGGGCCCCCACUACGGACGUUCCGCGUCCCGGAUCCACCAGUAAUCUUACUGAGGAUCUCGAGCAGAUUGGUGAUACCUGGGCCGAUAUUAGGCAGAACUCGCAGCGGCGAGAAACGAUUCAGCCCGCGCCCGUGUUACGAAUCAUAGGAUUCCUGCGCGACUCGUCGGAACGCUAUAAGGCGUUGAGAGAGCAAGUCGUGCUCGCGGAGGCCGAGCUCAAUGACCAGCUCGCUGCUUUCGAGCGAGAAAUGAGAGAGAUGGCCCAACAAGGGGCGGACCAUACAGUGGGUCCCGGAAAUAACGUCGAGGACGUUAUUGAUGCCACUCAGGUGGAGGCCCAUCUGGCUGGCCCCCCGAGUCCAACACCCAGUGAGGUGCGCCGACAACAAAUGGAGUACGAUCGUGUGGAACGACUACGCCGGGCUGGACUUGGUCAAGUCGGUCCCAUAGCGGGUCCCUCCCGCAUCGUAUCCCCCGCUCCCGGAGGCCCCGCACCCAUUCGUGCAGAGCAACCCCGACGAAGCGUAGCUUUCGGACAGUUCGAACCGUCGAACAUCACCGCACCUCCGGACUGGGAUCAGUACGAAUCGGCGUCGCAGGUUCCCCGGAGAGAUCAUAGACCUGCCACGUCUACGGCGAUACCCCAACAGUUCGUACUGCGACCGCGUCGGUCCAUGGCCCCUGGUGUCUCUGUACACCCCGGACUUCCAGUUGUCCCUGAGCAGGACCUAAACCGGUCCGAGGAGCUGGCGUACACCGGUCCCAGCUACGGACCUCGCGACACCCGUGAAGUCCAACGGCUUCUUGGGAUGAUUGACGAAAUGGUCGGAGAGGAACCUACCUCCAGCCCGCCGGCCUAUUUAAAGGUCACGAAGAUGACCCUCCCGAAGCCGUAUGCGGGCAAGGAUGAUCUCGACGCCUUCGAGAUUUGGUUUCAUAACCUCCUCGAAUUUUUCCGUACACUCCGGAUAACUGGCCCUUCCAUGGACCGUGAUCGUCCAGCCCCUGUUGUAGUUUUAAUGUAUUAUAAACCGUUCAUAACCCUGCGGCGCAUUACAUUAUAA